AUGCCCAAGUCGCACCUCCUCACCGGCCUCGCCCCGGCCCUCCGCUGCUACCGCCGCACUCCUCAAUUCCAUCAACAGCUCCGCAGCAUCCGCAUCACCCGCGAGACCGUCCCCAGCGCCUCCCAGCCCGAGUCCCCACCGCAGACACCGCAGACACCGCAGACACCGGCGCCCACCAGCAGCAUCAGCAUCGGCUCCUCACCGCUCAAGAGCUCCGUCACCGCCUUUCCCGGGCGCUCCUUCGCCAUCCGCCGCGGCAGCCAGUUCUACGACUCCCGGCAGAAGACCCCCGGGCUCUUACCACCCUCGCCGUGCCGCAACCCGGCGCACAAGCUCCCCAUCAUCACGCGCGCCUUCGGGCCCAAGCUCAGCGAGUCGCACUUCUCGCGCGAGCCCCCCGAGAAGCUGAGCUAUGCGAUGGGCCACAAGAUGGACAUCCGCGACCUGGACAACUACGUGCUGAGGCACGACGUGGCCUUCAAGCUCGGCGUCGAGUAUCUGUCGCCCGCGGUGCACAAGGUGGCGCACAAGCGCGAGCGGCUGCUGGACGGGCUGGUGCACGGCGUGAGGAGGCCGCGGAUCAUUGUGCCGGCGGUGGUGAUUUCGGGCGCUGGCGGCGUGCCGCGGUGGCUGUUUUUCGUGCUGGAUAGUAUGACGCCGUGGACGUUUCUGUCGAAGCAGGCCAUGGAAAAGCUCAACAUCCCCAUCUGCGCCGACGGCUCGCGCACGCACGUCACCAUCUCCGGCUACGACCAAUCCGUCUACCCCUCGCCCCCGGGCUCCGGCUUCGAGGACCUCAACAUCCUCGGCACGGGCUUCAUGCGGCAGUACAACGCCUACCAGACAGUCGACUGGCGCACGCGGUCCGCCAAGGUGUUCAUCAACCGGGGUGGGAUGCCGCACUUCUCUGAGAUGCGCAUGACGUCGUGGACGCCGGCGGGCAACAUUGAUCUGCAGAUCCAGAUGAUGCGCGACGAGGACGAGGACCACGAGACCCAGUCGGAGCGCGAGGUGCGCGAGGCCUGGGAGAAGGAUACGGAUGAAGGCAUCAGCCAUGCGGAGAAGUGGAGGAGGAAGUGGACGGGGAGUGAGUGGGACACGGUGGAGCUGUUUAUGAAGGAUGGCCAUGGGGGGGAUGACUGGGGGGUUUAG